AUGGUACGGAUAUGCUAUGAUGUUGAAAAAACGAAACGCCUAAAAAAAAUCGGAUUUGCUGAGCCGGACAAUCAGCCGGAGAGGGAAUCAAAGAAGCUGUCGGAAAAGGCUUAUCGCAAAUCUACGUACCCUCGGGAAAGUAUGGCAGCAAUAGCGCGUAAAUCAUCCGUUUUCAUUCUAUCCAGCCUGAUGGGGCCGGCAAUGUCGUCGUUACGUGGCCAGAGAAGUCUUCACGAUCGUACAAGCAUGUACAUGGCACCACGGUUUCAAAAUUCUUAUCGUUUAGAAUCCAAGUAUCCUUUCAACCGCACGGCAAUGCAAUCGAUGAUGAACAACUUUCUGCAAGUGUACCUUGGCGACUACAAGUACAGUGCAAAGCGUGCUAAACGAUUGGCAGAAAAUUUGGGCGAAGAGUUGCGAAAUCAGUUCAAACGAUGCCACUUCGAUCGCUAUCGCGCUGUUGUACUGGUAACGGUCGGCGAUAAGGCUUCACAGGAUUUAAGAUGUGUUGCGCGAGCACUGUGGGACCCAGAGAAUGACGAUUGUGCUUCUUUUUCAUAUGAGGCAGCGACAUUUUUUGUCGUCGCCAGCGUGUGGGCAAUUUAUUGUGAGUGA